GUCCUACUUCUAGACGUCUUGUGAGCAUGCGUGUUUCUUUGAGCGCUGUGUGCUUUUUUCCCCUUCUUUUUUAAAACUGUGAUUUAAACAUCACGUCCCUGUUGUGUUGUGUGUGUGGGCGUGCAUGUUGACGUGCAUGUGUUUGUUUCCAACCCUUACCACCACCAUCAGGCAGGCAGCAGCAGCUAUUUGAGCUUUCAUACUGCGGGCUUUCUUACUGCAUCCACCCUGCUGAAGCAAAAGGAAAAAAAAGACACUGAGUUCAGAGGUGUCAGCGCACGUCUCAGAUACGACAAAAGCAGUGGCUCUCACCACCUCGCUCCGUAGGGCAUCCUCAGCAACAGCUUGCCUCUCAGCAACGUACGCUCACAUGACUCCUUAAAUUGGGACCCGGCCCGACCGUGGCCCAUGCGCUGUACCCGAUUCCCUCCCGUUCCUCCUUAUCCCUCAAGCUGACGCAGAACCCCAGGCACCUCCCUCCCCUCCCCCUCCCCCAUCCCCACCCAGUCCCUAGUGACUCACCGCCACCCGCCAUGGCUCCCGGCACGGAGACUGUCCACUACAUCCACCUGCACAAUUCCAGCCAGUCUGUGCUGGAGGCCUUGCGUACCCAAAGACGCGAGGGCCUCUUUUGUGACGUGACGGUGCGCAUCCAUGAUGCCUCGUUGCGGGCCCACGCGUGCGUCCUGGCUGCUGGAAGCCCAUUCUUCCAGGAUAAGCUGCUUCUGGGACACUCUGAGAUUUCAGUGCCACCCCUGGUACCCGCUGAAACCGUCAAGCAGCUGGUGGAUUUCAUGUACAGUGGCUCGCUGGUGGUGCUUCAGUCACAGGCGCUCUGCAUUCUCACUGCCGCCAGCAUCCUGCAGAUCAAGACAGUCAUUGACGAGUGCACGCAGAUCAUCUCUCAGAGGAAGGCGGCUAGCGCAGCUGCUGCUGCUGCUGCUGCGGCAGCAGCAGCUGGAGGAGGAAUGCUGGGCGGCGUCCUCCCCAAGCAAGAGGAGCGCGGCAGUGGGGGGAAAGGAAGAGAGAGCAGUGGAAGCUGUUCGGGUGGCAGCAGCGGAGGAUACCCGAACUUCCCCAACUUCAUGGUGGAGUGUGGUGCCAGUAACAUGGGUGGUGAGAGCGGGCCCAGGGUUCCUACUCAAGUAUGGAAAGAACCGUGCGGGCCCUUGGAGCAGGCCAACAGUCUGAUGGCGCUAGGGGACAUGGGCCAGGCGACCUUGUGCGGCAGUGAGGGUUUGGGCGGCAGCCUCAUGAAGCAGAGCCCCAGCUGCACACAGGACGUCCGCUACAAGCUGCGUGACCUACUGGCCCAGACGGCAGACAACCAGGUUGCCGGCCAAGCAGGCAGCCUGUCUGCAAGCUGCAGCUCGGGUGUGGGGAGUGUAGACAGCGUCGGUAGAGACAGUCUCCGUGGCAAUGCCACCGACCUCUCUGAUGACUUGGUGGGCAUUGAGCACUUCAGUGAGGAGGAGGAUUUGGACGGCAGGGAGCGUGGCAGAGACGGAGACCGAGACAGGGGAGCCAACCACAGCCGCAAGCAAAGGCAGCCACUCAGACUCCAGGUAAUGGGAGACGGAAGCGAGGGUGUGGUAGUGAAGGACGAAGGCGUGCAGGAUGCCGAUGGGACGGCCUUUGCCCUGGAGGACGGCAGGCGGGAUGUAGCGCAGGGUGGAACCCAGGGAGCAAUGGCGGGAUUUGGACAGGACUUUUAUGAUGAGCAGGGCGUCUUCACUGAGAGUUUCUGGCCGCAGAGCGAACCUCCUCAGCCCAUGGCGUUUAAUCCCAGAGGACGGGUCAGCAAGCCCCUGACUCCGCCCCCAACUUCACAGUCCAUCAACAAUCAGCUUCUUUUCCAGUACCCAGUAAGCCAAUCCCAGCCGCCGCCAUUCUACAUGGGAGGGAUGGACACUAUGGCGGGGGCGGAACCCAGCCAACAGGCGCCGCCCCCAACCCCCAUGACACCGGUGCCACCGCCUGCCACCAACACGCCAGCUGCCUGCUCUUCAGGCCCAUCGCCUUCCUCCCAAGGAUCCGAGACCUCCUUUGACUGCACACACUGUGGCAAAUCUUUACGUUCCAGGAAGAACUACAGCAAGCACAUGUUCAUCCACUCUGGCCAGAAACCUCACCAGUGCUCCAUCUGCUGGCGCUCCUUCUCCCUGCGUGACUACCUCCUCAAGCACAUGGUGGUGCACACGGGUGUGCGGGCCUUCCAGUGUUCCAUGUGUGGCAAACGCUUCACGCAGAAGAGCUCACUCAACGUGCACAUGCGCACGCACCGUGCCGAGCGCACCUUCCAGUGCAACGUGUGCCACCGGGCCUUCACUCAUCGCACCUUGCUGGAGCGCCACGCCCUGCAGCACGCGCCCCAAGCCCCGCCAGGGCGCGGCGCCGAAAUGACCUCUCCCACCAAGCACAGCCCUCCCGCAAUGGGGGGGCCCUCAGGUAUGGCUGGAGCGGCCAGCAUGGUCGGUGGCAUGGCCAACAUGCCAGGCCACAGCGCUGCGUCCAAUUAGAGUCACCGGCGGGGAUGCCGGUGCCAGGCCAGUCAGGCCCUUCCUUGAGCUGGCCGCCGUAGGGUCCCAAUAGCAGAGCUGGGGGCUUGAGUCACAUGACUUGACCCCAGUCAAACUUCAGUUGCAAUUUUUAGCUUUUAACUUGCUUGACUAUGAUUAGCUUUUACUCGGACUCUGUAUUCAUGAGACUUGCCUCCAAUUUGACUUGGACUAGAUUUUUCUAAAUCUAUAUUAGAAAAAAAAUCUCAAAGCACCCUACUUACUAUAUAUUGCUUUGGGAUCAUUGGGGAAAAAAGAUGUGAAUCUGAAUUUGUUAGUCCAGAUAACUAUCACAAAGCAGACACUGAGUGCAAAGGUUGUAUGACUUAGUUUAUGAUUUGCUUAACCCAAGUAAGGACUUGACUCAAAUUCAGCAAACUCUUGUUUGAUUUUUGCCACAAUCAUUUGGGAUUUGAGACUUGCAUACGACUCGCACAUGUGGCGUACUCCCAGCUCUGCAUAACAGUCCAGAAACUUACAACGGGGCUCCCGCAGAGGCUCUUUUGGAACAUAACGCACAAUUCAUUAAAACCGUAUUUCCUCAUACUCGCUCUACUGAGCCCACAUGGCCAACAACCUCACAGUAUUAACAGACACUUGAACAUUUCCACAAAGAGCCUCUGCGUUAGGACGAAGUCCCAUACGGGUCCAUAUGCGGCUUGAAGGGGUCU